UCACAUCUCCAACCCAAAACCAAACUGCCCCAACGAACCGAACCGAUUUUAGAGACUCGAAAGCAGCUGGGGAAAUUACAAGAAUUACAGAACUGAUCCCGAGAACUACUGGCAUCGCGGCGUGUGUGUGUGUGCGUGCGCGCGAGAGCGAGAGAAAAAACGUGAACGAAACAGAACGAGCACACAAAUUACACAAGUUGUAAAAGAAAAGCCGAGGAAAAGUUGGCCCAGACCGAGUAUUGAUUUUUCAUAGACAGUGCAGUUAGAGGGAACGGUCUCUUUUUUGAUAACUGAAAGCACGGGCGUGAAGGAAAAGCGGUAGUAGUUUUUAUCUCUUUUUUGAGACCCGCAGAAGAAGAAGAGCGAAAAGAACGGAAAGCGUCAGCAUUGUUAAUAUACAAAAAUCAACAAAAAACACGCACCCACACACCGACACACUUGCAUGCACAGUGGAACUUUCAGUUUUUACAAUCAGAAAAAUCCAAAAGGCAGGCUAAGUACUCAAAUUCGAAAUUCAAGUAAGGCCGAAAGAUUCAGAAUAUUAGCCGAUAAAUAAAUAAUACAAAGACAGAAAAAAAGAAAAAGCAUGCCACAGUCAGAGGGCGGCUAUGUAUCGCUGCCGGCCGUCAAUGGCAAUGGCGGCGCCAUCUAUCAGUCGACCACAGAGCCCACGGCCCCGCCCUCCGUCUUCGAGAGCGUGAAGCGGGCGAUUGGCCAGGCCAUCAAGUCCUCGCCCACCGACAGCGAGGAGCUGCUCCGCUCCGAGCGCCUGCCGGUCAUCGUCGGCGGCUCCAGAAUCUCUUUCAGAGACCGCGACAAAUCCGGUAAGACACUGACCACCAAGAUGCCGUCAGCUCCAACACACACUGCCGAGGAGGCACACCUGCUGGGCACAAUGCCCGUUGAUCCCAUGGACGACAUCGAACUGCGCUCCGUGCAGCUGCAAUUCCCCAAUGCCCGCGGCUCCAUCCUGGAGGCCUGCGAACAGCGACGCGUGCCCACAGACAAGGGCGAUGUCCACGUGGCCAUACAGGGGGAUACGGCCAAGCCGGCCAUCGUCACCUACCACGAUUUGGGCCUCAACUACGCCACCAGCUUUGCUGGCUUCUUCAACUUUCCAGUGAUGCGGGGUCUGCUGGAGAACUUCUGUGUUUACCAUGUGACGGCUCCUGGUCAGGAGGAGGGUGCCCCCACUUUGCCAGAGGAUUACGUGUAUCCGACCAUGGAUGAUCUGGCCGCACAGCUGCUGUUCGUGCUCUCCCACUUUGGCCUGAAGUCGGUGAUUGGCUUCGGCGUUGGCGCCGGUGCGAAUAUUCUGGCCCGUUUCGCCCACGCCCAUCCGGACAAGGUGGGCGCCCUGUGCCUGAUCAACUGCGUCUCCACGCAGCCGGGCUGGAUCGAGUGGGGCUACCAGAGCUUCAAUGCCCGCUUCUUGCGCACCAAGGGCAUGACACAGGGCGUAAUCGAUUACCUGAUGUGGCACCACUUCGGACGCAAUCCGGAGGAGCGCAAUCACGACCUGGUGCAGAUGUACAAGCAGCACUUUGAGCGGGCCGUCAAUCCGACCAAUCUGGCCAUGCUGAUCAACGCGUAUAUCCAUCGCAACGACCUGCAUCUGGCGCGCACUCCGCCAGGAACUCCGGGCACCGAGACGGCGGCCACCACGCUGAAGAUGCCGGUGAUUAAUAUCACGGGUUCGCUGUCGCCGCACGUGGACGAUACGGUGACCUUCAAUGGCCGCCUGGACCCCACAAACUCAUCCUGGAUGAAGAUUUCCGAUUGCGCUUUGGUGCUGGAGGAGCAGCCGGCCAAGUUGGCCGAGGCCUUCCGGCUCUUCUUGCAGGGCGAGGGCUACGCAACGCCGCUGUCCACGCCAGCGAGUUCGCCCUGUGGUACCAAGUACCAGACCUACUCCUCAAUCUUCUUUGCCAACUUCCGGGAGCAGCAGCAGCAGGCGAUGGAGGAGCGCGACCGUGAGCGGGAAAGGGAGCGGGAUCGCCAGCGGCAGCUGAGCCUCCGGGUGGGCAAUCGGCUCCGGGAGACGGCCAUCAAUUGCACCACCCCGACCGCUGGCCAGGGGGACAAUAACAACGCGGACAAUCGCAGCGGCGACGAGGAGGACAUGGAUCUGGAGAACGGAAAUGGCACCGCAACCGGAAAUGGCAACCGUGCCUACGUGACCACGGACACAUCGGGCACCCUCUACUACGGCAGCCAGAGCAACAAGAUACGCAUCACCGAGAACCCACUGCCCGAGCCGGUCAGCUCUUAGAUUGCUACUGCUGAGCCACGCCACAUAAUCUCCAAAAGACACCUUGUUAUUGUUGUUACCACACACUGAGAAAUAUAAAGCAGCAGCAGCCGCCAAGUCAAGCCAAGCUUUCAGCCGUGCUCCAAGAGACACAAAGCCACAGAAACUCAAACAGAAUAAUAAUAAUGAUAAUGAUAAUAUUAAUACAAGCAACUCACACACCGCUAGGUAAUGAAUGCAAUAAUUAACCACCAAAAAAAUGAGAAUCCGUUGAUUGAUUGUGUUUCCCUAUGGUUUUCGAGACGCGGAGAGAUAUUUGUAAUUUACACUUUGUGCCUGAGCGUAACGUAACGAACAUACACAUAAUAUAUGAUAUAUCAAGCCCGAUCGGAUCAGAUCAGCAGCAGCAUUUUAGUUAUCUCUACCCUUCCUUUUUUUUUGGAGUGCCACACAUAUUUUAUGACGAGCUUGCUUAGUUGUUGUAAAACGUACAAUAUACAAAAGAUAUACAUAUGUGUAUACAGACAACACGAAAACGAAACUCAAAGAUUACGAGCAUUUCCGCUUAAUGUUAAAACCUAAAAACAAAUCCAACUGUUAACUUAAUCCCAAGAAUAACGAAUAACGAAAACUAUAAAAAUGUAGCAUAUCAAAUAACAAAGAAAAUCUCUCAAAAUUACGUAUAUACUUAUACAAAAACCUAGAUAAAUCGUAGACAAUUGCAAAUUGCGAGUAAUUCCAACCAAAAUUCUGUUCACAAUGAAUGAGAAAAACCCUAGACACAGGACACACGGUCACUAAAAACACCAUACACGAUAUGAAUAUAGAAUACAUACAUAUAAUAUAUAUAAAUAAUGACAACUUUUUGCAAUAACUUCGAAUUCAAUUCAAUAAAAGUUUUAGAAGCUUGA